CCGCUGCGCAGUGGGAAGGAAGCUAAGAUCUUACAACACUUCGGAGACGGGCUCUGCCGGAUGCUGGACGAGCGGCUGCAGCAGCACCAAGCAUCGGGAGGUGAGAACCUCGGGCAGGGGUCGGUAGUCCCGGAUUUCUCAGGUCCCGUCUCCGUACCCAUUUUGGAUAUCUUACUUUAGGCUUCCCCGCUCCAGUUCAAGUUGCCGUCUGACCUCAAGCUAGUGGCCUGUUUUCACGUUAUGCUGGAGUGACCGUGUCCUGGACCCACCAUCUGGAGAGACGUGUCCAGCCUGGGAAGGGCCACUUGCCAAAGUCCAGGAUUCUUCUUUGCCAGUGAGGAGUGGGGAGGGGAUUGGGAGGCAAAAUGUCAGUGCCAGAAGUACAAUUUCCUGGCUUUGGGUAUUUAGCAAGCCUGGUUCGAACCUCACCAGCAACCUUAGUCUUGGGCAAAUGACUUAUUCUCUCCUGAGUUUUAGGAUUUUAGUCUGUAAUGGGGAUAUUGAUAACAGCUGAUAAAAAGUCCAAGCUCUUUAGGGGGCCCAGCUCAAUACAUUAUGAAGUUGCCAUUGCCAAGUUUUCCUAUCUAACCACCCUUGUCUUGCAGUAGGCAGUAGAAUGGGCCAGGCAGAUAUUCCUGCCCACCACCUGUGCCCUGCUGCUAUGUGCUGUCUCAUCCAGAUUUACAGGGAUCAUCCCAUCACCUGGCUCAGUUUUGCAGAGAAGGAAACUGAGAUGCAGCUGAGUGACUUGCCCAGACCCAUGUAGCCUGCUGUAAACCUUAGCUCUGUCAGGGAUUCAUUUGAGGAUGACUGGCUUGCUUUCAUACUCAGAGCCCCUCUAUACCUUUCAGGUUCCUGUCCAGCCCAAAGUAGGAGGCUCUGGCAACUACUGGCCAGCUCGGCAUUCAGGAGCCCGAGCAGUACUGCUGCUGCUUUACCAGGAACACCUGAACCCAAAUGGCCACAACUACUUAACCAAGGAGGAGCUGCUGCAAAGGUGUGCUCAGAAGAACCCCACGCAGGUAGUCCCUGGGAAUGCUCGACCUUGGCCAGCCCUCCGCUCCCUCCUCCACAGGAACUUAGUCCUCAGGACACACCAGCCAGCCAGGUACUCACUGACCCCUGAGGGUCUGGACCUGGCCCAGAAAUUGGCUGAGUCAGAAGGUCUGAGCUUGCUGAAUGUGGGCACUGAGCCCAAGGAGCUCCAUGGGGAGGAAGCCACAGUGCCAGGAGCAGCCUCUCCUGAGCUUGGCAACAGUGAAGGGGAGUUCCAGCAGCCAUCGCUGGAGCUGGGGCCUGGAGAGUACAGGGUGCUUUUGUGUGUGGACAUCGGCGAGACCAGGGGGGCCGGGUACAGGCCAGAGCUGCUCCGAGAGCUACAGCGGCUGCACGUGGCCCACACAGUGCGCAGGCUUCAUAUUGGGGACUUCUUGUGGGUGGCACAGGAGACCAAACCCAGAGACUCAGCGAGACCUGGGGAGUUAGUUCUGAACCACAUCGUGGAACGCAAGCGGCUGGAUGAUCUGUGCAGCAGCAUCAUUGAUGGGCGAUUCCGGGAGCAGAAGUUCCGACUAAAGCGCUGUGGCCUGGAGCACCGGAUAUACCUUGUGGAGGAGCAAGGCUCAGUCCACAACCUCAGCCUUCCUGAAAGCACACUGCUCCAAGCUGUCACCAACACUCAGGUCAUCGACGGCUUCUUCGUGAAGCGCACAGCAGACAUUAAAGAGUCAGCUGCCUACCUGGCCCUCCUGACACGGGGCCUGCAGAAACUCUACCAGGGCCACACACUAUGCAGCCGCCCCUGGGGAAUCCCAGGGGACCAUCAAUCAGGGGCCGUGUCCUCCCCAAACCCUCUCUGCUCACUCCUCACCUUCAGUGACUUCAAUGCAGGGGCCAUCAAGAACAAGGCUCAGUCAGUGCGAGAGGUGUUUGCUCGGCAGCUGAUGCAAGUACGCGGAGUAAGUGGGGAGAAAGCAGCAGCCCUGGUGGAUAGAUACAGCACCCCUGCCAGCCUCCUAGCUGCCUAUGAUGCCUGUGCCAGCCCCAAGGAACAGGAAACACUACUGAGCACCAUCAAGUGUGGCCAUCUGCAGAGAAAUCUGGGACCUGCUCUGAGCAGAACCUUGGCACAGCUCUACUGCAGCUACAACCCCUUGACCUGAGCUUAUGCCACAACACAAACCUUAGCCCUCCCUUUCUUCUCACAACAUCUAACAUUCUAAAUUUAUGAUAAUCUUUUAAUAAUGUAUAUCAAGUUAAUUUCAGAUGGCUAAAAAAUCUUUACUAUUUUACAUCUCCAUUAAGCCUCUAACCAGGAUCUUUUGGGCUACAAUAAAAAGCUAAGUAUUUGC